AUGAUAUUGUCCCAUUGGCCAUUGUGCUCUUCCGAUAUAAAUUUGCAUUCGAACAUCAUUAAUCACGUCCGGAACCCAAUCCAUAUUGUUAUAAUGGAAGCCGAUCCCCUUCACCAGAUUCCCAAGCCAAAACAAACAGACGACUCAAUCAGAAAUACAGCAGUAAAUGACGUCAUCGACACAAAAGAGUAUAAUAUUAUUUUUGAAGUGCAUUAUUGUCGGAGAUUUUAUUUAUUUUUUAAGCGAUGCAAUGCAUGGGGUGGACUUCGUAAUUCCAAAAUACAUUGUGAUUUUACACCCCAAGUGCCACCUCAACUGUUACUGCGUGUUGUAGCAAAACAGCAUAUUAAACACAGCAUAGGUACAUAA